AUGGUUCGGCGCCAAAUGCCGCCGCGCGCCUGCAAGAGCAAGAGCCAGAGCGCCGCCAGGCCCAGUCUUAGUCCCAGCCGCCUGGCCAAGAAGCCCAGCCUGACGCCGACCACCGGUUCUCAGGCGCCAUCGCAGACCAUCGCAAAGUCGAGGCCCACCGGUCUCGAGACGAUUUUUGAACGGCCCGGCAAUGAGGACGACGGGCCCACCAGCAGCCAUGCCGUGGCAUUCGGCGAGUGCCAGCGCCGCGUCCUCGCCCUGGGUACGGGCGAAAAAAAAAGAACCCUGUCGCAGAAGAGCUGCCUGAAGGUGCGCAACACCUUGGGCGAACGCAGCACCCGGCACAUGAUGACACUGCGGGCGUCCCGCACUACUUUGGACAGCGUAAUGCUCGGGGGCUCGGACGAUGAAGGCGAGUCGGUCGGAGUCGCUCCCGCAGUCGCUCCCGUAGCUGCUCCCGAAGUCGUUCCCGCUGGAGGAAAUGCCGGUACAAAUCAGCCGGCACCAUUCGUGCUGCGCACCAGCAGGAGGCUCAAGAGUCUGCCUCCGUUUUAG